UGUUUUUAUAUACGCUUCAUUUUUCUUCCGCUAUUUGCAGCGACUAAAUAACAAACUAUCUAGCGGGGCAGGGGGAUCUUUUAGGGUUAAGGUUAUGGCUUCAAAGCGGAUACUGAAGGAGCUCAAGGAUCUCCAGAAAGAUCCUCCUACCUCUUGCAGCGCUGGCCCUGUUGCUGAAGACAUUUUUCAUUGGCUAGCAACUAUUAUGGGUCCUCCAGAUAGUCCAUAUGCCGGUGGGGUGUUUCUAAUCACAAUUCAUUUUCCUCCGGAUUAUCCAUUUAAACCUACCAAGAUGCUGCUAUCAAGCUGCUCUCUCUUAACAGACUUGUGCCUGAGAUUGCCCACAUGUACAAGACCGACAGGAAUAGAGCUGGAUUCAAAAAUAUGCUAUGGAUUAAGUGGUGCCUACUUAUGUAACAAGAGGGCCUCAUUAACUGUUCCUUUGAUGUUUAAAUCAAUUGUGUGAUUUGUCUCUUUAUUUACAGAACCUAGCCCUCCUUAAAACACAAUUUUCUUGCUAGUUGUCUGUAUGAAAAUUUAUCAUCCCAC